GUCCCAAUUCCGACCUCCAGCAACAAGCUCCGACAACCUCCAACCUCCGAAUCCCACCCACCCACUUCCCCCAUAUGCCAGGCCGGUCGCUCCCGCUCCGCCUGCAUAUUUCCAACCCCCAAUGCCGCUACAAAACCACCGCCGCAGUCCUCCGCGGUGACGCUCUGGGCCCCACCCAGCAAUCCGCCCACCGCACCCACCGCAUCCUCAAAACGGGCGAAACGCUCCCGCUCCCACCCCUCCUCGACCCCCUCGUCCUCGAACAACGCUCCAAAUGGACGCAACCCAAAAAACCCCCGGACGCGAAGACCUUCACCCCCUUCCAGAAGAAACUCUACGCCACGCCGUACGCGCACAUGCUGGCUAGCCCCGUCCGCCAAUGCCGCCUCACGCACAUCCUACUCCCAUCGGACCUCCUCCUCUCCCUACACGCGCGGAAUCACCCCGGUACAACGGAUCCCUGGAUCCUCCCCGUGUCCGCCACAACGACGACGAAGAAGAAGGAGAAACAACAGCUCGGUGCACCCUUCCGCUUCAUCAAUCGGCAGGUCGUGCUCGAGGAGCUGGGCCGGAGGCGGAAAUGGGCGCAUAGUAUGGGGCCGAGGUUUGAGGAGGCGGUCGGGAAGACGCGGUUGUCGAAGAUUGUUUGGAGGGAGGAUAUGGUUGAUUUCGUGCUCGGGUUGAUGCGGAAAAGGGUGUUGGGGGCGUUGAGGUGGGGGUUCGGGCGCGUGGGUCAGUAUGUUCCUGUUGCGAGUCCGAGGACGGUGGAUCUGGAAGGUAUGAUGACACAGAAGGGGAAUGGCAAUGGGAAUGGGAAUGGAAAAGGAGUGGAUGUUUCGUGUGUGCUCGUUUUGGGGACGUUGAAAACUCACGCCGAGGAUUUACAGGCCAGGUGUAAGAGGAUAUCGGAUACGUUGAAGGAGCUUGCAACGAGCACUGCGGAGAUUCUGAGGCCGUACCUGGACCCGCAUCGCCAAAAAGGCGUUACCCAUCAUCCGCCCUGGUGGUAUAGAGGCCCUCUAGUACCCACGCUGCAGCCCAGGCUUUGGAUUCCUCCGCUGGAGUUCAAAACGACGGUAUGCGGCGGGAAGAAGGUGCCGGUGUAUAGUCUGUGCGACUUACUUGGGGAAGAGAAUUUGAACGAGCUGCUGGCCGACUCGAAGUUCAAGGAUGACAAGUGUCUGGUUAUACCGAGGGGCCGGCACAAUGUCCCCGUAGAGACGUUGUUGAUGGAGUUACAAGCAUUUUUGGCAUCUCCAGGCCCUUAGACUCUAGGGCGGAUUGUACUUAUCUUGUGCAGAUAUCGGUGAGAUUCGGAAUGCGAGGCCACAUAGACACAUAGGGAAUGCUCAGUGAAAUAGCCGUCUGGAU